AUGACCGUCGCAGAAGACUGUUUGGAACAAGUGGAAAAUGAUCCCACGCUGCUUGACCAAGUUAUUACAGACGAUGAUAGCUGGUUCUUCCAAUACAACCCGGAAACCAAACGCCAAAGUUCACAAUGGGUGUCUCCGCACGCCCCCCGCCCGAAAAAAGCUCGCAUGAGCAAGUCGAAGGUGAAAACGAUGAUCAUUACCUUUUUUGAUAGCUAUAGAAUCGUCCACAAAGAAUUUGUUCCUUCGGGGCAAACCGUAAAUCAAGGCUACUAUCGCCUAGUACUCGAAAGAUUGCGAAAACGAGUCAACAGGGUGCGCCCAGACAUCACUCGUAACAGGAUCCUUCAUGACGACAACACACCGUGCCACACGACCCUCAGCGUGUCCCAGUAUUUGGCCUCUAAAGGAAUCGCCGUUCUGUAUCAGCCGCCUUAUUCGUCCGAUAUCACCCUGUGA